AUGAGUCACAACAAUAAUUACAGAGAUAACACAAGGCACAAUCAGCAGAGCGGUACGUAUGGUGGAUAUCAACACGACCCAUAUUAUGAACAAUAUGAAAGUCAACAUACCGAUCCCUUUCAAACUACACAAUACUACAAUGAAGAAAGAAGUUCAUCCACAGAUAGACUUCAAGCCGUCCCACCAUCACAUGUGAGACCUGACUCUACAUCACCACAUAGAAGAAGCACUCAAUUACCAGGCCAUGAGUACAACCAAUAUAUGAAUAAUGAUACGGAAUACACUGGAGCAUACCAUUCAGAUGACAGAUACCAACAUUAUGAUAAUUUGCGGAAUUCCAACUAUUACCAUCCACAAGUUACUGGACAACCACAGACAACUGCUUAUUCUCCUUUAGAUAGAAAUCCACCACCAAUACCCAAUAUCGUGGAAGAUUUAGUACCAGAUCCAAAUCAACAACGUUACUCUGAUCCUUUUUACAAUAAUGAAACAGUUUCUGCUGCUUCCUUCAAUGCAUUUCCAACAAAUCCAAAUGAAACACCUUUACAUCCUUCAGCUGAUACUUAUUAUCACGGGGCUAGUGGUUCCAUGUCGGAACUACCUUUGAACAACAAUCCUUAUGUUGAAAACAUUGAAUUGCAGGACAGUUAUGGUAAAGAUGAAGAAAUGGAAAUUGGUAUGGGUCCGGUUCAUGGUGAUAAUUAUGAGUUGAAUACUUUCCAAAAGGAACUAUAUGAUGAUGAAUAUUCAUAUGGUGAUGAAAGCGAAGCAGAUGAGUAUGAAAUACCACCAGAAUCACAAAGAAGAAAGAUCGAAGUUGGUCUUCUAAAUGGUAAUUUAGUCUUGGACUGUCCUGUACCUGAUAGAAUCUUGGAAAGAUAUGAAAAUAAAAUAAUGGAUGAAUCACGAGAAUUCAAAUUUAUGAGAUAUCAAGCAGCUACCUGUGAUCCUAAAGAUUUCGUUGGUGAUCAAUUCAAUUUGAGACAACGUUAUUAUAAAAAAGUUCGUGAAGUUGAAAUCAUGGUUGUUAUUACUAUUUACAAUGAAGAUGAUGUCCUGUUGGCAAGAACUUUGAAAGGUGUAUUUGAUAACAUCAAACAUUUAGAGGGUAGGAAUAGGUCGUCUACUUGGGGGCAAGAUUCUUGGAAAAAAGUUGUCGUUUGUAUCGUCGCAGAUGGUCGUUUAAAGCUAAAUGAAAGAGCACAAGCUUUGUUAGCAGGUUUGGGUGUUUAUCAAGAAGGGUUUGCCAGAAAUGCUGUGAAUGACAAAAAGGUGGUGAGUCAUAUUUAUGAAUAUAGUUCAAUGAUCGGUAUUGGAUCGAUCGAAUCAGAUACAGUCAAGUUAUGCACAGCUUCAGUCCCUGUUCAAUUGGUUUUCUGCUUAAAGGAAGAGAAUAAGAAGAAAAUUAAUUCACAUAGAUGGGCAUUACAAGCAUUUGGUGAAGUUUUGGAUCCAAAAGUUGUUAUUCUACUGGAUGCAGGUACCCAACCUUCUAAAGAUUCCAUUUAUCAUCUUUGGAAGGAGUUUGAUAAGGAUCCUAAUGUUGCAGGUACUUGUGGUGAAAUAAAAGCUAUGUUGGGUAAGAAUUACAGAAAAUUAAUCAAUCCAUUAGUUGCAGCUCAAAAUUUUGAAUAUAAAAUGUCAAAUAUUUUAGAUAAGCCAACAGAAUCAGUGUUUGGCUUCAUUUCAGUUUUACCAGGUGCGUUCUCUGCUUAUCGUUAUACAGCUUUAAAAAAUCAACCAAAUGGUGAUGGUCCUUUAGCUAAAUAUUUUGCUGGUGAAACAUUACACGACAGACAAGCGGGAGUUUUCAAAGCAAAUAUGUACUUAGCUGAAGAUCGUAUCUUAUGUUUCGAAUUGGUUGCUAAACAAAAUUGUUCCUGGGUCUUGAAAUAUUGCAGAUCAGCUUCUGCUGAAACUGAUGUUCCUGAAGAAGUUCAUGAUUUUGUUUCACAAAGAAGACGUUGGUUAAAUGGUUCUUUUUUUGCAGCUAUUUAUUCACUUGUUCAUUUCCACAAAUUGUUCUUUAGUUCACAUGGAUUUGGUAGAAAAUUUGUCUUGAUGAUUGAAUUCUUUUACCAAUUUUUAUCUUUGUUAAUUUCAUGGUUCUCUCUGGCUUCUUUCUUUUUGGUUUUCAGAAUUUUAACCACAAGUUUGGGUGAUUUAUAUAAGCCAUGCAAAUAUUUAUCAGUGGUUUUCUUAUGGCUUUACCUUUUAUCAGUGGUUACUACUUUUGUUUUAUCGUUUGGUAAUACCCCUAAAGGUACACCCAAGUUUUAUUUGGUCAUUAUUAUUUUCUUUGCAGUUCUUAUGGCAUACAUGAUUGCUGCUGCUAUUGUGAUGUCUGUUAAUGCUAUUCAAGAAGUUGUAAAAGAGGGUCCUAUAACGGCUAAAGUUGUCUUUCAAAAUCAGACAUUUAGAGAUUUGAUUAUUUCAACUCUUUCAACUUAUGCCUUAUACUUUUUAGCUUCAUUUCUUCAUUUGAAACCUAUGCAUAUGUUUACAUCAUUUGUUCAAUAUUUGCUAUUAAGUCCUUCUUACGUUAAUGUUUUGAAUAUUUAUGCCUUUUGUAACUUACAUGAUAUCAGUUGGGGUACCAAAGGUGCAACAGCUGCAGCUUUGGGUGAUGCUAAAAUCACUGAAGAUGGUAAAGUCCAAUAUAUUGAUGCUCCAAUAACAACAUUUGAAAUCAAUAACUUGUAUGAAAAGCAAAUGGAUAUUUUAGCUCAUGUUGCUAAACCUAAACCACCCGUGACAGAAGAAUCAAUUAAGAGAGAAGAACAACAACGCAAAGAUAAAGAAGAAGAGCAUCAAAAAGAUUAUUAUGCUUUCAUUAGAUCAAUGGUCGUUUUGAUAUGGAUCACCACAAAUUUCAUUAUCAUUGCAGUGGUGUUAGAAACUGGUGGUGUCAACCAAUUACAAGGUACUGAAGAGACAAAUGCCACUGAUCAAAAAUCCGAUAGGUCAAGAAUCUUUUUAUCCGUGAUUUUAUGGAUUGUUGCAUUUAUGGCUGCUUUCAGAUUAUUUGGUACAACAUAUUAUUUAAUUUCCAGGAUGGUUAGAUAG